AUGGUGUCCCAGAGCAUUUCGAGUCAUGAAGGUCACAUUGUGCUGGAUGUCAUCUUACAACUUCUAUCUUCGCUAACUCUCUCCACGAAUGACGCGCAUAAUCUGAUUCAAGUCAUCGUCGAUAGCACUGAUCUAGGGAAAUCUGACCUGUCCAUGUCGUCUGCCACCGCCUUUCCCACCACACAGACACAGCUGUCUUCCAGUAGCCCCUCGCUUGCAAUCACCUCUCGUACCAUGCAGGCACUUUUACCGAUCCCUUCUGCUACUCCAACUCCACCCUCAGCCCCUCCUGCUGUGAAGACUCUUCCUUCUGCUACUCCGGCUCUACUACCAACCCCUUCCACUACUCCAACUCUGCCCUAUGCCACACCAGCCAUGAAACUACUUCCCACCCCCCCCCCCCAAAUCACACAGUGGUUACCCGACCUCCCAAUGACCUGUAUCACAGUCAAUGGGGAGGAAAGGUUCCAGCAUCAUUAUGAGGGUUUCAGCUUCGAUGUUCCACACAAGGAAGCUGGUGGCCCGUUCUACCUCGUGACCCGUGGUCGCCGGGUUGGCGUGUUUAGUACAUGGACAUGCACCUCUCCUCAUGUCCUCGGUGGAGUUCAUUGCACGAACUUGCAGCACCAUUCUGUGUGCUAUCUGCAGCUAUCCCUAUAUGAGGCGCAGCUUUCCCGCACAAUGCGCACCAUGCGCGCACCAUUCCCGCGCUUCGCGAUGUAUAUAUGCGUGUGCGUUCCCGCACUUGAUCGCCCUAUAGCGCCAGCCUUCCAGAAGCAUCCAUCCACUGUCCACCAAGCUCUCUAG